AUGGCCAGGAUCAGGACGGAUCGAUCUCUGCGCCGGCGGCCGCAGCCGUCCCGCGGCGACGACCCGAUGAGCGCCCUCCCCGACGACCUUCUGCUCCUCGUCCUGCGCCGUCUCGACACCCGCUCGGCGCUCCGCACCGCGCUGCUGUCCACGCGCUGGGCCCGCCUCCACCGCGAGCUCCUCCUACUCGACUUCCGGGUCGGCAGCAUGCUCCCACCACGCUACCACAGAUUGGUCCUGCUCCGUCACGACAUAAACAUGCACAGAUCUUAUCUUCGGUACAGAAAGUCUGACCUCUCGCCCAAAAUCAAGAGGUACGAGCGCGGUGCCAUGCGCGCCCUGACCCGCUCCGUCGAGACCUUCUUGGACGACGAAGACAUCCGAGGAGCUCGCGGCAGCGUUAGCAUGCUGAGGCUCGAGUUCUUCAUCACCCACAACCCCGGCUGCAUGAACAGGCUAAUCGCCAGGUCCAUCGACGAUUGGGGGGUCAGAGACCUCGAGGCUGUUGCCAAGCCGAUCAACUUCCGGCAAUCCGUGCACACCUUCCCCGGCCACGGCCUCUGCCACGAUCCUCGCGCGUCGUGCCUGCGGAGCCUCAAGCUUGUAGGCUGCGCGCUCCCGCCGCUGCACGAGUUCGGCGCGCUCACCAUGCUUGUCCUCCAAGACAUUAAGGGAUCGACGCCCACGGCAGCCUACGAGGGCGUGCUCACCUUGUGUCCGCAGCUGCAGGUGCUGCAACUCAAGUCCUGCGAAUUCCCCCUGGAGGACACGGACCUGGUUGUGGACGCCCCCAGCUCGCAGAUCAGGGAGCUCGUCUUCAACAAGUGCAGGUUCGGACAGGUGCGGAUGAGGGCUCUUCCGAACCUCGAGAGCCUAGCCUCCCGGGACACCACGCUGCACUUUGAUCAGUCCGCCUUGUUUCCCUGCCUCAGGCAAUGCAACCACACCACUAGGGUCGGUCUCUUCCUCACAUCAGUAGGACAGCCACGCGUAUACAUUGGGCACCAGCUUGAGCUUGGCUCGUUCCUCGGGCGCACGCCCUACAUAACCAACCUCGUCCUACGGUUCACCGGACCAAGACGAUGGAUCGUGCCGCCGUCUGGCUCCUCGUCGCCCUUGUUGCCCCAGUUGAGGAAACUGCUCGUCGCCGACGUGCCUUCCUCCUGGGAUGUCUCGUGGCCAUGUCUCCUCCUCGAGAUGGCACCAUCCCUCGAGACCCUUCACAUCCAUAUCGCCCCUUGCAAUGAGAGGCCCGGGCAUGUGAUACCCUGGGAGCCCACCGAGCUUCGGCGGCAUCACUUGAAGGAGCUUGUGGUGGCUGGUUUUCAGGGAACGAAGAGGCAGAUUUGCUUUGUGAAGUUUGUCGUGGGAGUGUCGACGUCGUUGCGCCGUGUAGCCUUGUUCAGGAAUGGGCGUGCUGAGGACAAGGGGCACUGGGACUGGGAGAUGGUAACGGAGCAGCACUCAUGGACCAACAGGCAGAAGAACGCUACGCAGAAGAAGAUUAUGGAUGGGGUUUCUUUCUCCCGCCCUCCUCCGCAAUUUGUUUUUGGCUGAUCCCCUCUUUUUUUGAAUCAGUCUUCUAUUUCAUUCAACGUAGUAUUUUGUAAUCUUGGCCAAUCCAUUGGUGGUGCUCUGCACUUGUAGCGAUAAUAUUGUUAUUAUAUUUCGCUCCAAAAUACAUUGGUCCAUUAUAUCCCAUUUUCAUAUGGAGAAAUUACUAAACCGUAAUACUAUGUGGAUAAUAUGAGCCCGGGUGAUAAUAUAUAUCUCAUAUAUGUAGAAAAGAAAGAAAAAAAACAUGUAGAGCUCCUCCGGUUAUAUCUUCUACCAUCAAUCUUAAAUAUUUUCACCUCUUCCUAAUUUUUUUAGGUAUACAACCAUGCCACAUUAAUUUAACCAUGCAACACUGCCACAUUAGCAAGCCAUACAUGCCGUCUAUAAGUUAUAUUUUUAAAAUUAAUUUUAUUGUCAUAUACUGUUUAUGUGUUGGAUACUUGGAGCAUAUUUACAUAGUUCAUGAUUUGCAUUUUUGUAGAAAGAAAAUGUCAUUUUAUUAACUACUGUGUGAACCAAAGGAUGGAGAUUAAGAAAAUGGCAUUUUAGUAACUACAACAAUGCAAAUCGUGAACUACAUAGUUAGUCAUCAUGUGUUGCAUCCCUAUACAAUUCUCGCGUCUUUAGAAUCAUGUGAAUAAAGGAUGCUUUAUAGAUUAUCGGUUUAUCAAAAAUACAAUGGAUGUCCCUAAUCCUCACUUUUACCUUAGAAGUGCCAGUUGUAGAAUUGUAGAAGGCAACUGUUUUCUUUCUUCUUCCCCAGCUUUAUUGCGUAAAUCCUUAGUC